AUGAGUCAACAACAACAAGAAGAAUAUAAAAGUGUUAUUAUUACUGGUUGUAACAGUGGAAUUGGUUUGGAAGCAGUGAGACAAUUGUUGAGAGAAGAAUGGGAUUCGAAUAGAAAAACUAAACAUAUUGUAAUGGCAUGUAGAGGUGUUGAGUUAUCAAAUAGUGAAAUGGAAACGUUUAUUCAAGAUUAUUUGAAGGAACAUCCUGAAAGAAACGAAACUGAACUAAAGAGUCAAAUUACAGCUUUGAAACUUGAUUUGGCAUCGUUCAAAUCAAUUCAUCAAUUUGUUUCAGAAAUCAAAUCCUUAAUUGACAGUUCCAAAAUUCCACCUCUUCAUUCACUUGUUUGUAAUGCAGGUUUACAAUAUGCAAACAAAUUAGUUUUGACAGAAGAAGGUUAUGAGGCCACAUUUGGAGUCAACCAUCUUGGACAUUUCUUAUUAAUUAAUUUGUUGCUUCCAUUAUUUACAAAGUCAACCAAUUCAAAGAAUAGAAUUGUAAUUGUAUCAAGUGAUACUCACGAUAGAACAAAAUUUACAGGAAUGCCAGUUCCAGAAUUUGAAACCGCUGAAAAGUUAGCAAUCAUUUCCACUGAUUCUGAUACAGAGCAAGAUAAUAGCAAAUUGGGUAGAGUUAGAUAUACUACAUCCAAGUUCUGUAAUAUUUUAUGUGCCUAUGAAUUGGUUACUAGAUUGCAAUCUCAUCCAAUUUAUAGAGAUCAAUUUACAGUCAAUUCUUUUAAUCCAGGUUUUGUUCCUACUACAGGUUUAUCAAGAGAUUAUAACAAGUUUUUGAGAGCUAUUGCAAGAAAUGUUUUACCUUUAUUGAGAUUUGUUCAUAGUGGUGUUAGAACAUUGGAAGUUUCUGGUUAUGAUUUGAAACAAUUAAUUAUUGAUAGAAAUCUUGAAAACGUAACUGGAAAAUAUUUUGAUGGAAGUAAUAUGAUUGAUUCAUCACCUGAUACAUAUAAUACUACAAUUCAAAAUGAAUUGUGGGAAGAUAGUAUCAAAUUAAUCAUUGCAAAAUCUGAUAUCAUCUCAAAAACAAACUUCUUGUAA